AUGGUAAUAAUUUUUGACCCUGAGGUUCCCUCGGGAUCCCGCAGUCUCUGGUUUUUGGCUUUAUCGUCAUUAUUAAUAUCCCCUUCCUCCGGUGCCGCCUUGGAGGCCCGCGAUGGCGUGCCCGCCGGCUAUGUCGCCGCCCCGUACUACCCAACGCCGCACGGAGGUUGGGCCGAUGACUGGGAAGGCAGCUACGCCAAGGCCGUGGAGUUGGUAUCGCAGAUGACUCUGGCCGAGAAGACAAACAUUACUGCCGGCUCUGGGUUUUUUAUGGGUGAACCCUGCGUUGGAAAUACCGGAAGCGCUCUCCGAGUUGGAUUCCCACAACUAUGUCUCCAAGACGGUCCCCUUGGUGUCCGCAGCACCGACAACGUGACGGCCUUCCCCGCCGGCAUCACUACCGGCGCAACCUUCUCCAAGUCUCUGAUGUACGAGAGAGGCGUGGCACUUGGAGAAGAGUUCAAGGGAAAGGGUGCCAACAUGUAUCUCGGUCCAUCCGUUGGCCCCUUGGGGCGGAAACCUCGAGGUGGACGAAACUGGGAGGCAUUCGGCUCCGACCCCGUGCUUCAAGGUGUCGCCGGAGCUCAAACAAUCAAGGGUGUCCAGGAACAGGGUGUCAUCGCCGUGCUCAAGCAUCUGAUCGGAAACGAACAGGAAAUGUGGCGCAUGUAUAACCCGUUCCAGCCAGCCUACAGCUCUAAUAUUGAUGACCGCACCAUGCACGAGCUAUACCUCUGGCCGUUCGCCGAGGGAGUUCACGCGGGAACUGGUGCUGCUAUGAUCAGCUACAACGCAGUGAACGGAUCGGCGGACUCGCAGAACUCGUACAACAUCAACGGACUCCUCAAGGACGAGCUAGGUUUCCAGGGUCUCGUCAUGACCGACUGGCUUGCCCACUUAUCCGGUGUUGACUCGGCGCUAUCCGGACUGGAUAUGGACAUGCCCGGCGACACGCAGAUUCCCCUAUUUGGAAACAGUUAUUGGAUGUAUGAAUUGACCCGAUCAGCCCUCAACGGUUCCGUCCCGAUGGACCGCCUCAACGACAUGGCAACCCGUAUUGUGGCCACAUGGUACAAGAUGGGCCAGGAUCAGGACUAUCCGGAGCCGAAUUUCUCGUCCAACACGCGCGAUCGCGAAGGGCCGCUGUACCCCGGAGCUCUGCUCUCGCCUUCUGGAGUCGUGAACCAGUACGUCAACGUCCAGGCAGAACACAAAGUUGUUGCCAAGCAGGUGGCCCAAGAAGCCGUAACGCUCCUCAAGAACAACGGCAGCUUCCUUCCAAUCACUACCACGGUGUCCUUGUCUGUCUUUGGAACCGACGCGCAAGCCGACCCCCAGGGCAUCAACUCGUGCACGGAUAAGAGUUGCAACCGCGGCACCCUCGGUAUGGGCUGGGGUUCAGGAAGCGCGGACUACCCGUAUAUGGACGACCCCAUCAGCUCGCUCAAGCGCAAGGCCGGUACCGUGACUUACUACGCGACCGACUCGUUCCCCACGGUUCCCAUGCCAAGCGAUGACGACGUUGCCAUCGUCUUCAUCAGCUCUGACUCGGGCGAGAAUUCGUACACAGUCGAGAACAACCACGGCGACCGCGACACGGACGGCCUCAAAGCGUGGCACGGCGGCGACGCGCUCGUCCAAAAAGCUGCGGCCAAAUACAACAACGUCAUUGUUGUCGUGCACACCGUCGGCCCCAUCAUCAUGGAGCCCUGGAUCGACUUGCCCUCGGUCAAAGCCGUCCUCGUGGCUCAUCUGCCCGGGCAAGAAGCCGGCGACUCCCUGACGGAGAUCCUCUUCGGUGAGGUCUCGCCCAGCGGCCACCUGCCCUACUCCAUCCCGGUCGCCGAGUCCGACUACCCGUCCAGCGUGUCGAACCUGGUAGGCUUCGCCGUCGGCCAGCCCCAAGACACGUACUCGGAGGGCCUCUACAUCGACUACCGCUCCCUGAACAAGCAGAAAAUCAGGGCGCGCUUCGCCUUCGGCCACGGCCUCAGCUACGCCAGCUUCAACUUCUCUUCCAUCAGCAUCACCCCGGUCACGUCCCUGAGCACCGUCCCCCCCACGCGCCCGGUCAAAUCCACCUCCCCUAUCGCCACCAUGAACACCACCAUCCCCUCGGCCUCCGAAGCCGUCGCCCCCGCCGGCUUCAACAUGAUCUGGCGCUACCUCUACUCAUGGCUCUCCGAAUCCGACGCAAACGCCGCCUACGCUGAGGGCCAAUCGGGUGCUGUCUAUGCCUACCCAGCCGGGUACUCCACCAAACAAAAAGUCGGCCCCCCUGCCGGCGGCCCUAACGGUGGCAACCCGGCCCUCUGGGACGUCGCGUACACGGUGUCUGUCACCGUGAUCAACACAGGCGAGACGAAUCACUCGGGCAAGGCUGUGCCACAGGCGUACGUGCAGUUCCCCUCGGGCAUGCCUUACGACACGCCCGUUAUCCAGCUACGGGAUUUCGAGAAGACGGGGUCCCUGGCGCCGGGGGAGAGCGAGGCGGUUGAGUUGAGUAUCACGCGGAAGGAUUUGAGUGUGUGGGAUGUGGAAUUGCAAAAUUGGGUUGCGCCGGGUGCGGAGGGGCAGUAUAAGAUUUGGGUGGGGGAGGCGAGUGAUGAUUUGGGCGUGGUAUGUUAUACGGAUAGUUUGAGGUGUGAGGUUGGUUUUGCUGGGCCCGUGUAAAGUCUGCAGAGACAAUGAUACGUAAGAUUUUGGCUGUUGUGAGACGGACGGAAUGGGUGCUCGUGAUGGAUACAGUUCCAACUGGACAUGUUUCGCAAUAUUCUAUUCUCUAAUGCCAACACAUUUUUUU